AGUACAUGCGGUUUCAUCAUCGCACCAUCCCAAUACUCGUCUACCUCAAAGACCAUCACAAUCAUACAACACAUAAUGCCCGACGAACCCCGGAUCUGGCAGCAUUCCCGCCUGGUAGACGAGGCUGAAGUCAAGAAAUCAGGAUGUUUCACCACCCUGCCUGUCAGAGUCAGUCUCUACGACGAUGUUGCCGAUAACACGGCAAAACAUGGCAAUCGCGUCUGGCAUUGGUUCGUUGGCGAUGGACUGGACACGGCGACGAGUGAGACGUCCAGUCCUGUUGGUAAUCUGUGUAGCUUUUUUUAUCCUGAGUGCGCUCCGGGGAGAGUUGAGGUUAUGGCUCAUAUUCAUGAGUUACUGUUUAUUCAGAGAGAUAUACUCGAUGACGGUGGCUGCAAAGACGAAGACUCCACAGCAGCCAAGGACAAGAAAAGCCCCAGUGGGGCUACUGGAGCGACUCGGAUUGAACAGCGACUGUCGAUAUAUUUUUUACGGGCUGUCCAGAUUGAUCACAGCGCAGGAACUGAUAUUUUGGAAACGUAUAAGCGCAGCUGGCGACCAGAUGCAGACGCACAAUGUCCGAGCGGUAUCGACGAUUUUAACAACUUGUUCUUGAUGCGCCGAUCGAAGGCCAGAUUCAACUUAUAUUACUUCCUACUGGCAUUUAGCCAGGAAUUCAGGCUCAGUGCACUAGAUUGGGCAACAAUGAAUGAUCUCUUGCAUCUGUUUGAGUUGAUAAUGCUGCAUACGGGUGAUCUACAUGCCUGGGAAAAAGACAAGCAGUCUGGGAGUGGCUGGGCUCGGGCUCUCAACUUCAUCCCUUUCUAUAUGCGGACGGAGAAGUUGACAGAGGACCAAGCGAUGGAAAAAAUGAGACGCACGAUCCUUGACUACGAGAAACGGUUUAUCACAGCCAGAGAGCAGCUCUACAACCGAGGCUCUCUUUCCUUCCAUCUGCGCCGGUGGGCUGAAGUAUGCGGUGCAGCCAUAGCAGGGUAUCACUAUUGGUGCGCCAACUGUCCCCGGUUCAACCGGAUAGAUGGCCGGUUCGACGCAUCUGACAGCCAAUCGGCUGUGGUUGAGACACCGUCUUCAAAUGAAACAGAAUCCCUUGUGCAGGGCGAGACCGUGCUCCCCUACUUACAUGCACGGCCUAAUGCAGACAGCGAACCAGCCGACAACCCACCGCGCAAUGGCAACCUACUAGACGAUUCCGCUCUCCAGGGCCCAGUCAACUACAUACAGUCCCUCUCCUCAAAGAAAACCCUGACGAAACUAAUGGAAGCAUUCAAUAUCUGGCUUCACAUUCCGGAGGAGCAACUCUCCAUACUGAGCCAAGUAGUCGAAGAUCUUCACAACGCAUCCCUCAUUCUCGACGACAUCCAAGAUGAAUCAGAACUAAGACGAGGCAACGCCGCCACACACCUAAUCUACGGCGCCCCACAAUCCAUCAACAGCGCCACCUACAUGAUCACCCGUGUCUCCCAACUCCUUCACACCUCACAAAACGCCUCCCUACCCAUCUACUUCGAAGAACUCGAAAACCUCUUCAUCGGCCAAAGCUGGGACCUCCACUGGAAAUUCCACAAGAAAUGCCCGUCCGAGAACGAAUACUUCGAAAUGGUCGACAGGAAAACCGGCGCGCUCUUCCUAAUGCUACUCCGCCUAAUGCAAGCCUCAUCCCCAAUCUCCACCUCUUUCGACAUCACUCAUUUCUGCCAACUCAUGGGCCGAUGGUACCAAGUCCGAGAUGACUAUAUGAAUCUUCAGAGUGCCGAUUACUCCAAUCUGAAAGGGUUCUGCGAAGAUCUGGAUGAAGGCAAAUUCUCCUAUCCUGUUAUUCGAUGCUGCAAUACCAAUGACUCAGCUCGGGAUAUUAUCCUUGGUGCCUUUCAGACCCAUCGCGGGACGUCGGAGAAGUUAGCGCGCGCGACGAAGCUCCAAAUCCUUCGGUUGAUUGAUAGCACAGGGGCGCUGGAUCAUACGUGGAAGAUGGUUCGGGAUUUGCACAGGGAGAUUGAUGCGGAAAUUGAUGUUUUGGAGAAGAAACUGGGUGAGAAUCAGAUGUUGCGGGCGAUGAUUAAAGCUCUUGGGAAGGUGCCUGCGCCGGAUGUUUCGUGAGGUUGAAGUAUAUGUUGGAGGGUCACAUGCCAUUUUGCCUUGCCGGACGCACCUUUUGAUAGUUGGUAGAGCCAUCGUUGAUGUAACCUUUUUUUUUUUUUUUUCGAAAUUAGUGGCACUUGAGCGACAUUCUUGAGAAGACUGAUACAUACGACCACAGGGUGUGGAGAACAGGGCUUCCCGUCCGCUCAGCCGUACUUAAGCCAC